ACCUCUCAACUCGAGCUGGCAGUUUUGGCGGCGGUGUAGAAGAUGGCGGAAAAUUUAAACGGAUGCCGCGUGGUGUGCAAAUCCUCCCGGAGUCAACUGCAGCACCUGUGCCGCUUGGAGAGAGUGGCGUGUAGAGACCUGGGCAUCAGUAAGAAGAACCUCAAUCACUUUGAGGUGGAGUACUUGUGCGACUACAAGAAAAAGGGGGACCAGGAGUUCUACCUGGUGAAAUGGAAGGGCUACCCGGAGUCCCAGAACACCUGGGAGCCGCGCAAGAACCUCAGGUGCCUGAAGAUCCUCAAGCAGUUCCGCCUGGACCUGGAGCGGGAGCUGCAGCGGCGCAAGCAACGGCGCAGCCUGAAGAAGCUGGACCACAGCCUGGCGCAUUUCAUGCUGCAGAAAGCUAAGCAGCGGCAGCAGCUGGAUCGCUGGGAGGCCUCCCUGAACUCCACGCGGCAGCACAAGGGGCGGAUCUGCGUCCGGAAUGACGUGGACCUCGACGGGCCCCCCAAGGACUUCACCUACAUUAACAACUACAAAGUGGGCGAGGGGAUCGUGCUGACGGAGGUGGCGGUGGGCUGCGAGUGCCAGGACUGCUUCAAGGAGCCCCUGAACGGCUGCUGCGCCGGGGCCUCGCUCCACAGGUUUGCCUACAACGACAAGGGCCAGGUGAGGCUGAAGGCAGGGCAGCCCGUGUACGAGUGUAACGCUCGCUGCCGCUGCGGUCCCGAGUGCCUGAACCGCGUGGUGCAGAAGGGCAUUCAGUACGACAUGAGCAUCUUCAAGACAGACGACGACCGGGGGUGGGGGGUGCGGACCAUGGAGAAGAUCAGGAAGAACAGCUUUGUCAUGGAGUACGUCGGAGAGAUCAUAACCUCAGAAGAGGCGGAGCGGCGAGGCCAUAUCUAUGACCGGCAGGGCGCCACCUACCUGUUUGAUCUGGACUACGUGGAGGACGUGUAUACCGUGGACGCAGCUCACCACGGGAACAUCUCGCACUUCGUCAACCACAGUUGCACCCCGAAUCUGCAAGUCUACAAUGUGUUCAUUAAUAACAUUGACGAGAGGCUGCCGAGGAUCGCUUUCUUCGCCACCAGAACGAUCAAAGCUGGAGAAGAGCUGACCUUCGACUACAAGAUGCAAAUCGAUCCAGUGGACGCUGAAAGCACGAGAAUGGAUUCCAAUUUCGGCCUGGCUGGAAUGACCGGCUCCCCAAAGAAACGGGUUCGAGUGGAGUGCAAAUGUGGAAUGGAGUCGUGUCGGAAGUAUCUGUUUUAAAACUCAAGGGGGAGGGUAACAAAUGAAACCCCUUUUCAAAACUGGACUCCUUGCCCUGCACCCAGCCCUGUGUUUAGGUUUUGAGAUUUGUUACUAAAACCAUCCGAGCAUUUGGGAGGCCCUUCGAAAUGCCCUUCUGAAAUUUUAACUUUAACAUUUUAACUUCCUUUUGAUAAUCGUUUGCCGGAAUUCUAUUCUCAUUGCAAUUACUCAAAUAUUGUUUCUUGUUAGUUUGUGUUAAUCGCAGUUUAGGAGCAGCUUUGCAGUUUGUCUCUAUAGUCGCAUGAACCACAGCCAGUGCACAAAACUUCAUUCACAGUAGCUGUCACUGGCACUGGCUGAUCUAGCUUGUGUUACUCUUGUCUACGAAAAUAGCAUUUGAAGGGGUUCUCUCUAAGGUUAACUGGAACCCAGCAUUUAUUACUAGAACUCUAGUUCAGGAUAAGCAGUAACGAGAUUGCUCACAUUUCUAGCAGUCUUCAUUUAAAAAAAAAAAUUAAACAAAAUACAGGACAGGAACAUUGAAAUUGUCCAGUCUAAAGUGUGUGUGUGUGUGUAUUUCUUGAGGAAAACACUUGCCAUUGUUUAUAGCUUUUUAAGUAAAGCAAUACCACAAAUACAACCAAGAAGAACUAGAAUACAGGACAUCAAAAUAUUAAAUUAUUUUAUUAAACUUUUUUUGAUUGU